GCACAGCUGCAGUCGUAUUUCAGCCGGCGAGGGUGCUCAACUAACUCAUUUUUCUACUAAAAUCGUGUUAUUUUGGCUGUGAAAAUGCUUUUCGAAAACUCACCUAGUGCCCAAAUAUUCCCCGCGUACAGUGUACCACCCCCAAUACUGCCUCUAGCGCCGCCGCCCGUUAGUGUCGCAGACGUGAUGAACCGACCAAGAAAAAGGAUCCCGAAACGACCAUUCAACACAACACUGGAACCAAAGAUGGCUCAAGAGGCGCCGCGACGCUACGCUACCAUCGCGAACUACAAUUUAUCGACCGGUCGUCACUCCCUCUCCCGAAUUCGAGAAAUGCCAUCAAUUCGAAAAGCUUUUAUUCAGAAGAGAAAACAAAAUGAUAAUAGUACAAAAAAAUACUAAUCUACAUACUACAACUAUACAUGUAAAGCGAGCAAAUCAAUGUUGUGCAAACAAAGGGUUAAAAUUUAU